AUGGCAGAGCUAAGCACAGCUCCCGAUGGAGCAGAGCAAGCGACAAACGCCGUGGCGAAAAGAGUACUACGGAAGAUCGACAGGAGGCUAAUCCCACUCUUGUUCACAACUUACAUGUUCAAUUUCAUGGACAAGGUCAUUCUGUCCAGCGCAGCUGUGUUUGGGUUGCGCCAUGAUACGGGACUAGUGGGCCAGCAGUACAGCUGGGUAUCAUCGGUGUUCUACUUUGGCUACCUGGGAUGGGUAUAUCCAACAACACUCUUGAUAGCCCGUCUACCAGCUGCAAAAUACUUAACGGCCAACACUCUGUUCUGGGGUACCGUGGUAGCUCUCACAGCAGCAUGCACCAACUUUGGGGGCUUGAUUACCGUGCGCUUCCUACUGGGAGUCGCUGAAGCAACAAUCACACCAGCAUUCAUGUUCAUCACCUCGACAUGGUAUACACGUGAUGAGAUUCCCACCCGAACUGGACUGUGGUUCGCUGGCAACAGCGUCGGCGGUAUCCUCUCCAGUCUCCUCGCCUAUGGCUUAGGCCACGCCAAAGACAACGUCGGACCAUGGCGAUGGAUGUUCAUCGUCCUAGGCGUGUUAACCUUCCUCUGGGGCUUCGCCUUGUGGGCAUUACUCCCAGACUCGAUCUCCAAAGCCAAAUUCUUGUCUGAAGAGGAACGCCAAUGCGCAAGCAACCGAGCCGUCAUCGCAGGCACAGGCGCAACAGAGAAAACAGCCUGGCAAUGGGAUCAAUUCGUGGAAUGUCUCAUGGACCCGAAGACCUGGCUGGUCUUCGGCUUGGCAUUGGUAACUCAAAUUCCCAACGGGGGAACUCAGAACUUCUCCAAUCUCGUUAUUGUCUCGUUCGGCUUUACGAGUUUGCAGUCUACGCUGAUCAAUAUCCCUUACUCGAUUAUUACCAUAGCCACAAUCACGGGAACAGGUUGGCUAGCAGGCCGUUUCCGCCAACUCAACUGCAUACUUAUUGUUGUCGUUGUAGUGCCCUGUGUUAUCGGCAGUGCGAUUAUCUAUUCGCGCGCUCAUAUCGUUCUGGGCGUUCAGUUAUUUGGAUAUUUCCUCUUGUCGACGGGUCCUGCAGCUAUGCCGCUCGCUAUGUCGCUCGUGCAAGCCAAUUACCGUGGUGUCACGAAGAAAAUGACUGUCACUGCGAUGCUCUUCCUGGCAUACUGUGCUGGUAAUAUCUCGGGUCCUCAGUUCUUCCUUAGUGAAGAGGCGCCGACGUAUAAUACUGCUUUCCGCGCUAUUAUGAUUUGUUAUGCUCUUGCUGUUCUGCUUGCGUUGUGUCUGCGGUUUUAUUUGCAGUGGAUGAAUGCUCGUCGCACACGCCUGGAAGGGUUUGAAGGAAGUGCUGGGAAUGCGGGUGCUGUUGGUGGGAAGGUGUUGGAUGGGGAUCAGGAUUCGAAGAAUGUCGCGGAUAUGGUGACACGGGUACAACUCGUGUCGGAUGAUUAUGAGGAUAUUACGGAUUGGAAAACGCCGGGCUUCAGAUACCGGUAUUAG